GGGCUUGUGAUGACAUUAUCAUGUCUCCAAUUUCAAUAUUUGAAGUUUUCUAUUUCUUUUUCCUUUUCAUUUGGCUAGAUUAAUUUUGAACUAAUGAAAGGAUAAUUCUUGAAAAACUACUUGGAAAACACAAAUUAAAUAACUCUCAUGGUUACUAAAAAAAGCACAUUAGUAUUAUAACUGCUGUAAAUUAAAUGAGUCCGCAAUUGACAAUUUUCAUGACAACGUUUUGGGAGUAUUAGAUAUUAAUCUUGAAAUUUGAUAUCACCGUGUGUUCGUUGUUUUGAUAUGUGCGCCUUUUUGAGUAUUUCAAUAUUCAAGGUGUUGACAGAAGGGGGCCUCUUUUUGUUUUAAUAAUUUUUCAAGUGAAAUGUGCUGUAAAUGCUGAAAAUCAUGGCCAUUGAAUUGUUUUAUCUUGUACAAGCAAUCAAAUGGUAUAAUUCUAUAUAUAUCGAUUUCUUGGGUAACUUUCAGUUCUCCUGCAUUGGCUAACUUUCAGUACUUCCGUAGUUUAUUUUGCGUCAACUCAUUUCAUGGAAAAUCAGUUUAUUAUAUUGUUUGUGCUGAUAAAAAUAUCUACAAUCUUAUUCCAGAUUGUUUUUGGGCUUCGGAAUUUUUAAAGAUAGAAAGAAGAUCUAUGUUCUCCCAGUCAAUUGGAAAAGGGAAUUCAUAAAUUUCCUCCAAAAUUAAUUACUGACCUCCAUGCCUGUGAAGCAGUUCAUUGCUUCAUGUUCAUCAAUUGUGUUUUGGUGCUUUGAAUUCGAGUCCCAAUAAAUAUAAAGUUCCUGGAGACUGCACCAUAUAGGAUUUCUAGAUUUCCUCUUUUUAUAGAACUGCACAGUUUUUCAUUUUUCUUGAGUUACUCGGUUGCGAUAUCAUAUCUUUUCUUUUUAAGAAGUUGGGAUAAAAAGAGACUACAUUUGCUUUCCACAAAUUACGUGUAAGAUUGUCAUUUCAUUGUUGUUUCCUUACAUUUUACUUUCUUGUUUCUUGGGGUUCACUAAGUAGGCAUCUUUUGUCUCUCCUCCUCUCCCUCUCAUUCUCUCUUCCUCCAUUCCUCUUCCCUCAAGGAUGCUUCAAUGCUGUUUUCCUAACUAAAGUUGGAAAUUAUAAUUUCUAUUGAUAGGUUAUACGUUGUAUAAAAGCAGAUCGUGUUGCACUUGCAUUGAUAAUAAUAUUUCCUGACCAAACUGCAGUUACCAUUCAGCCAUAUGGGAAAGACAAUUCAGGUAUCAGGCUUUCCUUAUCCUAUUGCUGCCGAAACUGUUAAGAAAUUCUUGGAGCAUUAUACAGGCCCAGGAACUGUAGUUGCCUUAGAUGUAAAGCAGUUCAAAAGAGGGCAAAGAGCAUAUGCCAGAGUUCAAUUCAAGAAUAGCACAUAUGCUGAUAGAAUUAUCUGUUUGGCAAAAACACGCCUAAAUUACGGUACUUCUUAUUUGAAGGCUUGGGAGAUGGAUAUUGACAUCAUGCAAAAUCCUAGAACGUACUUGCAUGAAAUGGAAUGCAUAACUUUGAAUUUUGGAUGUCAAAUAUCAAGAGAGAAGUUUUCCGUGCUAUGGAAAAACACAAGUGUUUCUGUUAAAUUUGGAAUUGCUCUGAAGAAAAUAUACUUCUUUUUCUGUUAUAAUAAUGUUGAAUACAAGCUUCAGCUCUCAUAUGAGAACAUAUGGCAGAUUGUUCUAUAUUGCCCACGAGGUCAAACUGCAAAGCUUCUCCUCAUACAGUUAUUUGGUGCUCCCCGGAUCUACAAGAAGAUUGAUGAAUCUAAAUAUAGUUAUUUUAAGGAAACUCCAGAUGAUCAGUGGAUUAGAACAACAGAUUUUACUCCAUCAUGUAUUGGACAAUCUUCUGGCUUGUGUUUGCAGCUCUCGUAUGGCAUGAAGCUUCCAACUUUCCGAGAUAAUUUUGCUUACUUCAAGGAAAGUGAAAGCCAAUUCAGUUUGGAGACUGGUUCUCCCUUUUGUCACAAUUCAUCCCUAGUUCCCAUUCUGAAGCCUCCUGAAGGAAUUGAACUACCAUGUAAUAUAUUGUUUAAGAUUUGCAAUUUGGUACAGAAUGGAUGUCUUCCGGGGCCCAACCUUGAUGAUAAUUUUUUUAGGUUGGUUGAUCCACAGAGAAUAGACAUUGGGUAUAUAGAGUAUGCUCUAGAGAAACUUUACAAUUUGAAGGAAUGCUGUUACGAUCCUGUGAGCUGGCUCAUGGAGCAGUAUGAGAAAUACUGCAAGAUGGAAAGGACACCAAAAUCACCAGCCAUUAGUUUAGAUGACGGACUGGUAUAUGUACGUAGGGUUCAAGUAACUCCAAGCAAAGUGUAUUUCUCUGGUCCAGAAGUGAAUGUGUCAAACCGCGUGUUACGCCAUUAUCGAAAAGAUAUUGAUAAUUUUCUUCGUGUUUCUUUUGUGGACGAAGAGUGGGAUAAAAUGUAUUCUACUGAUCUAUCCCCCAAGGUUGCUUCUGGGAAUGAGAAUAUAAGAACAGAGAUAUAUAUAAGGAUAUUGUCAACAUUAAGAAAUGGCAUUGUUAUAGGCGAUAAGAAAUUUGAUUUUCUUGCGUUUUCCUCAAGCCAGUUGCGGGAUAAUUCUGUUUGGAUGUUUGCUUCAACAGCUACUGAUAAUGCUGAUGAUAUCCGUAGAUGGAUGGGUGAUUUUCGUUCCAUUAAAAAUGUUGCAAAAUAUGCUGCCAGACUUGGUCAAUCUUUUGGAUCCUCCACAGAAACUUUAAAUGUUGAUAAGGAUGAGAUUGAAUUUAUUUGUGACAUAGAGGCAAUAAGAGGGGGAAUCUUUUCUGAUGGAAUUGGGAAGAUAUCUGCUGAGUUUGCUCGGAAGGUUGCCAUUAAAUGUGGACUUAAAAAUUCUUUUCCUUCCGCCUUUCAGAUCAGGUAUGGUGGCUACAAAGGCGUUGUGGCUGUUGAUCCCUCUUCACGAAGGAAGUUGUCAUUGAGACCGAGCAUGUUAAAAUAUCAGUCAGACAAUACAAAAUUAGAUGUUUUGGCAUGGAGUAAAUAUCAACCUUGUUUUCUAAAUAGGCAAAUUAUCUCUCUUUUAUCUACUCUUGGAGUUGCGGAUCAUGUCUUUGAGAAGAAGCAAAGAGAAGCAGUAGAUCAGCUGGAUACUAUUUUAGUUGAUCCGUUGAGGGCAGAAGAGGCGUUGGAUUUGAUGUCUCCUGGUGAAAAUACAAACAUUCUGAAGGAAAUGCUAAGGUGUGGUUAUCUGUCUGACAGCGAACCAUUUCUCUCGAUGAUGCUACAAACUUUUCGCGCAUCAAAGUUACUGGAUUUGAGGGUAAAAUCAAGAAUAUUUGUUCCACAAGCUAGACAAAUGAUGGGAUGCCUGGAUGAAACUGGAAAUUUAGAAUAUGGCCAGAUGUUUGUUCAAUUUUCUUGUGCUGGUCGUAGACGAUUCCAUGAGGAUUUCCUUAGAUUCAUUGGGAAUAUGUCAGAUGACUAUAAUUACAUUGUUAAGGGAAUGGUUGCCGUUGCCAAAAACCCAUGCUUGCACCCUGGUGAUGUUCGUAAAUUAGUGGCUGUUGAUGUGCCAGCAUUGCACCAUAUGGUGGACUGUGUGGUUUUCCCUCGAAAAGGACAAAGACCUCACCCAAAUGAAUGCUCCGGGAGUGAUUUGGACGGAGACAUUUACUUUGUUUGUUGGGACCUUGAGUUGAUUCCACCAAAGCAAAGCUCGCCUAUGGAUUAUACCCCAGCUCCAAGCACACAACAGGAUCAUGAUGUGACGAUUGAGGAAGUCGGGGAGUACUUCACCAACUAUAUUGUGAAUGAUAGUUUAGGAAUCAUUGCAAAUGCACAUACUGUCUUUGCUGAUGCAGAACCAUCCAAGGCAUUGAGUGAGCCUUGCAUAGAAUUGGCAAAGCUGUUCUCCAUUGCUGUCGACUUUCCCAAAACCGGUGUUCCUGCAGUUAUACCACCUCAUUUACGUGUGAAAGAAUAUCCAGAUUUCAUGGAAAAGCCCGACAAGACAACCUACGAAUCGAAACAUGUGAUCGGAAAGCUUUUUAGAGAUGUGAAAAACAUCGCCUCCCACACUGCUCCAAUUCAAUCUUCUACCCGCGAAGUGGCAAUGGAGUCAUAUGAUCACGACAUGGAAGUAGAUGGGUUUGAAGAGUACAUUGAAGAAGCAUUUCAUUACAAAACUGAGUAUGAUUACAAGUUAGGUAAUCUGAUGGACUAUUAUGGCAUAAAAACUGAGGCUGAAAUACUGAGCGGUGGUAUUAUGAAGACAUCAAAGAGUUUCGAUCGAAGACGAGAUGCAGAUGCCAUUGGUGCGGCUGUGAGGUCAUUGAGGAGUGAAGCUAGGAAAAUGUUCAAGAAAGGAAGUGAAUCGAAUGAUAUGGAUGCAAAAGCAUCGGCUUGGUAUCAUGUCACUUAUCAUCAUGAAUAUUGGGGUCGCUACAAUGAGGGAUUGAAUCGGGAUCAUUAUAUCAGUUUUCCGUGGUGUGUAUACGACAAGCUAGUCCAAAUCAAGAAGGAGAAGUCCAGCCGUAGAAGGUCUCUUCAAAUGUCUUCACUUGAAAGGAAAUUCAAGCUUGGUAUGGGUUUGACCUGAGAAAUGUAACAUGCCUCGAAUGUUUGAUAUUAACUAUAAACCGUAAACUGAUUAUAAAGACUCCUAUUUGUAUCUAAUUGCGGCUACUACAGCUGCAAAAAACGAGCCAGAUGUGCUUGG